UACCAGUAAACAAAAGAAAAUGCGCACUUUCUUUGGUGCGAUACAAACCUCGAAAUUUUCUGUUUUGAAAUCUAGAUAAGCAUAAAAACCUGAUAGCCACGAUGAACGAAAACACUGCAGGAUUGUUAUCUAAUCCCACGGAAUGGAAACGACCGGAUGAAAUCCUACGGCUGCAGCGACUCAAGCAAAAGCAAAAAGCUCUGCAAGCACGAAUGCAGAGACCUUCCGGUGAUAGUUUGUUGCGCGAUUCUAAUUCCUCCGGUCAAGAGCUAGACCUAUUCAGUAGUAACCAAAAGCGAAAAAAUCCCUUUUCGAGGAAUGAGGCGAAUGUUACCAAAAAGCAAAAGGUUACUGAUCCGACCAACGAAGACAGCAUUUUUGAGCUACUUAGCAAAUCGAUCCCGAGAGAGAUUCCCGUUAUUGAUGCCCCAGUUGUGAAACCUCUGGAACAACGAUUCAUUAUAGAUCAACACCAGCAGCUGGUAACCGUCUCCAAAUCACCCGCAUUAGAACAACCACAGCAGAAAUCAUCCUUGCAUCUUCCUGUCCACUGGAGUAUCAAAAGUCGACUACGGAUUGUUUGUAAAUCGCCAAUUCCGGGCAAUAAUUUACGAACAAAUCAAGAAGCAAGCGGUCUUACGUCAUUUGUGCGCUGUAUUGGAGUUAAAGACUCUUCGGCUGGUUUGGAUAUCUCACCUGGAGCAAGAUUCUAUCAGAGCACCUUAUACUGGCAACACCCGCACCUCCCCUGGCUAACACUUUUUCCGCGGAAUUCAAAAGCCAACAACGGCACAAUGCUAGGCGAAAUGGAACGGGCGGCUCUGGCAAAGGAAUGGGCUAUCAGUUUCCGAAACCUGUUUCAGCUAGUUCGUGCUCGCCAAUGUCCGUAUUUUUAUGUUUGUGCUAAUAGCUUUACUGUUCUUUUUCGGGCUGCCGGUAUUGGCGGGAGAGUAGAGACACAUGCGCUACUCACACCUACAUCGCGAGGUAUGCGAGCUGCAUUGAAACAGGAGGAUAUUGAGUUUACUAUGCCCUUGAGAAAGACCACGGACGGCAAGCAGGACUUGAAUCGUUCCGGGGAAUCCGGAAUAAGCAUUCACAAUGGAAGUUUCUCGAAUUCAUCGGAAGAUCAAUCGACUACCACACAAAUAGAUGAAGACGAGGACUCCGAUGACAUGGAGGAAGAAAAGUGGUUGGAAAGCUUAGGAGUUGAAGCUGAAGAAAUAAAGAAAAUCAAUUAUAAUCAAGCUAAGAAGCUGCAAAACCGAGAAUGUGAUGAAGACUACAGUGAACAAUCGACGGUACUUAUCGAAGGAGUCGAGUGCCAGGCAUUUUUCAACUUUCUGCUAAACGCGAAAAGUACCACCACCAAGGUAGGCCGCCUUGCGGGAGUUCCUCCGACACUAUUGGCCCCAGUAUCGUUCGUCGGUGCUAGCUUACGAACGCUGGCAACCCGAUCCAGUAAAAUACGGAUGGAAGGUGAAGAUUUCUACAGCACUGAACUGAAUGGCGUUAUCCUUCCUCAUGUGCUACCCUACUUGUGCGGACUGUUAACCGAGUCAAAAGACAAUUUCAGUGCAACCCUUGUCAGCUCGCCGAACACGAUUGCGUUCUGUAAGGUUUCUCAAAAAUUGAUCGACGACGCGGAUAAAGAGAAUGAAGCAAACGCUAGUGGGGAUCAUGUACUGUGGAAAGAAAAUCUAUCGGAUAGCGGCUUGUCCGACAAUAUUCUAGAGGCAAUGUGCCGAGCAAAUAAAGACUCGGUAAAUGAUUUAGAACGAUUUGUGUACAGUAAAGAUGCUGGGGGAUACACUUGGGACUGAGCAGCGAAAAUAGAUUCAAUAAACACAUGUAUCAAUUCA